GCAGUGUGUAGACCUACCCUUUACACUUCACCCAAUUUUGACGGCUUAGUCUUGUGUCAAAAUGGCUGAAGGCACUGGCCAGAGGCCGUUAACGCCUUUGUCACAAGCAUUUUUAUCAACAAAUACCCUCUCUCCUGCCUCUUCUCCUUUAGGAUUUCAUUCCGAUAUGACUUCGCUUCGCAAAAAAAGAGGAAAUUUGUUUCCUAAAUUGGAAGAGUUGAAUGGAAACCCAGAAGAAGAACAACGUGGAAUGAACAUGUCUUCAAAUCCUAACUAUUUUGAAUUACGAUGGGGUCAAGAUCGUUCAGGCUUUCCUGGAUCCACCGUUAGCACUCCUGGUAUCGGUGGACCGGUCCAGUAUUCUCAUAUGGGCGCAGAAGAUUCCAUACCGGAAGGUGCUACCACUGCUUUACCUACUUCUUUGCAACAAAUGCUGGAUCCUGAGACCAUGGGAAAUUCCAAUGAUUCCUUAAAGACACGCCGUACCAGAUUACAGGCUGCUUGGAAGGAAGCCAGCAACUCUGCUGGUCUAUCUCUACAGGCAACCACUCCUUAUGAUGUAUUGAACAAUUCUGGUCCUGCGACUACGUCUGUUUUGUCUUCUACAACUCGCCCAUUAGAGGGAAUGCUUUCCUAUAAUGAUAAUGUUAAUUCUCAUAACUCCUCCGCUGCAAAUGCUCCAGGUGCAAAAAAUUUGAGCAGCUCCCAGGUAUUGCCUUCUGCUCCGGAAGCCGAAGAAGAAACAAUCCCUACUGCUAUAGUUAUAAAAAACAUCCCUUUUUCUCUCAAGAAAGAAGUUUUAUUCAAGGUGUUUACAGCCUUAGACAUUCCUCGUCCUUACGCUUUCAACUACCAUUUCGAUAAUGGUGUUUUCCGCGGACUUGCUUUUGCGAACUUUCACACUCCCGAGGAAGCAAAGACUGUCGUUCAAGUUUUAAAUGGUUAUGAGAUUACUGGACGACGUCUUCGCGUCGAAUGGAAACGUCAACUUCCUCCCGCUGAGCGCGAGCGUGUAGAACGUGGUAAACAGGAGAAACGAGCCGUUGAAGAACGUAAACAGCAAUUGAAGCUCCCUUUUUCUGUGGCUAAUCUUGGCGUUGGGAUAGAUUUUGAUUUGAAUGAUCCAGCCGUUUUGAAUGUUUACUCACAUAUCCUCUUAUUUUAUCAUCGUACGGAUAAUCCCCCUGAUCUUGUAUUUGACGGCUCUACUGGUCAUGAUGAGCGUCGUGUAGCAGCACUCUUGGCUUCUCGUUUGAAUUUGAACUAUUCUGUAACAGGUGAUGCCGACUCAAAACAAGUUGUCAUCACUUCUACAAACCACCAAGUACCUGGAUUCCAUUCGUCUAGCGCUAAUCAAUCUCCAGCAAUGUCCAACGCACAUGCUGCUAGUGAGUUAGGGUCAUCAUCAGUCGGGAUGAAUAACAUUCCUAGUUUAUCUUCUUCAGCAACGCUACAGAAUUCUAUGGCAUCCUCUGGUAUAUUCGAUAAUAACCCUUUUUCUGGAUCCACAUUAUCUUCCAAUCUUUCUAGUCUAAGAAGACCUGCACCUUCAUUGCACCUUGCUGACAGCAUACGGUCAUUGCGUGGAAUUUCGGAUGUGAAGCCAUACUCCGAUAUUCGUAGCAUGCCUGCAACCCCUUUGGAACUUUCCUCUCAAUUUUUAAAUAUGAAUGUAUCUUCCCCAUUGGAACGUGAUUUGGGGACUUCUUCCGGUGCCUUAAACGGCAAUAGCUCUGAUUAUUUUAGCAACGCACAGUCAUCUUCGGCCGGUGUAGUCGGGUCAAAGCCUCAAUCAAAAAAUGAUCAUUAAAGCUUUUUCCAUCAGUCAUCUCUGAGUGAAUUCAUGCUGUGUAAUUUAAUUAUUGCAUCUCAGAUUAAUGUCUUUUUAGAAAUUAAGAAUGGAUAACUUGAUGUCUAACGACUUGAUUUUACGAUAUGAAUCCACGGGAUUUAAAAAAAAAAGAAGAUCAUGCCUUUUUACUUAUGAAUUACAUGGCAAAUUUAUGUAUUUAAAAUUGAAGCUUGGCGUUUGCUUUAUCUGCACUUGUGAAUGAUACUGACGGGGGAAGAUGAUUGUUUUACUGAUUUUGACGAAUUUUUUUUGAAUGUCCGCAUAGGAUAUAAUAACGGCUUGUAUUUGCUUUAAUUCCCGUUUCUUUAUUUGUACAACUUACGUAAAUUUUGAAGCAAAAAUUAGUGGAUUUUCUGGCUUCUAUUUCUUUUGUGUGUUGCUAUAAUCUACAGUUUUUAGGCGAGACGUUGUGAUGAAUAAAUGAGCCACAAGAAUCGCUCACAAAAGGGAAUGAAUAUUGUAAUUGUAUGUCUCGCAUUUUCUUACAUCUAAUUGAGCAUGCUAUUUACAUUAGAAAUUGGUAUUUAAUCGACAGGAAUAUAUAAUUCUCUUCUAUUAUGGAUUGAUUUGAUAAGAAAAUUUAGUUAUAUUCCAAGGUUAUAGGUUUGAGAUGAUGUUUUUUAUUUUGAAAAGAAAUUACUGAGGCUUUUGUGAUGAAUGGGUUGUCAAUUUUUAAUUUUUAGAUAUUGUUAUAAAAAGAAUACAAGAUAUUUUUGCACUGAAUGGAAUUUGUUUAUGAAGAAUUCAUAGGAUUUUUUUUUUUUCUUGAAAAACAAGUA